CUUUUCCUCAAUCGAUUUGUUGCUGUUGCCAAUGAUAUAGCCUAGGAGAGGAUAUGGUUCUAGGCCCUCUAUUGACGUUUCAAUGUAGUGGUAAAAUAGCUCCAGCGAUUCGACCGCACAUUGCAUAUGCGGCGGAGGGAGUUUCUUGAAAUAGCCUACGGCGUGUUUCUUCGAUUCAAUGCCUUCAAUUAUUUCUUCAAGACUUUCGUGUUCUCAUCAACUAGGGCCAGCGCUCGUAUUAUUUCCUCCUCUCUUUCCUUCUGCUUCCCAGCUACAGCUUCAUCUCGUACGCUCUGCUGCUUUUCUUCUUGCGCCUGGUCUCUCAGAAUCGCAUCCUUAUUGACCCCACCUCCUCCUCGUAAUUUCUGUGUGUCUGUGACAUCGUAUUUGGUUCAGGUCUCAGCCGUUCAGAUAUAUUCUUUCGCUGGCCUAGCUCGAAACCCUGUCGGAAUGCAUUGGGAGCGCCGCUCGAGACCCUGGUCGAAAGAAUUCUUUCUCUGUUCCCAGUUUUCCAGGGAGUCUGACAAGUCGCCGUCGAAGCUGGCAAUAUCAUCCUCGUAGUAAGAUUGAAUCGUAAAAUACCUAUUCUUUGGGCACCUCCGAGGUCAAACGGACCCAUUCAUA